AUGACUAAUCACUCUCCAGUCAUCGUGAAGCAUGCGGGCAAACGCCACGAAGUUGAGCUCGAUCCCGAGGCAAACGGCGAAACAUUGAAAUACCAGCUAUUCUCCUUGACAGGUGUUGAGCCCGACCGACAAAAGGUGUUGGUGAAAGGCGGUCAGCUUAAGGAUGACACCCCCCUCGCCUCCCUCAAGGCCAAGCCAGGGCAAGUCUUCAUGAUGAUGGGCACGCCGUCUGGAGACCAAGGCGCUGGGGAUCUCGGCCGGCCUAAGGAGGCAGUGAAAUUUUAUGAGGAUAUGACUGAGGCCGAGGUCGCACGGCAAGAGUGGGCGACUCCCGCUGGUCUACAAAAUCUGGGAAAUACAUGCUAUCUGAACUCCACCCUCCAAACCCUGCGAAGCGUCCCAGAGUUGCAGCAAGAGCUUCAACGGUAUCAGCCAAGCGGCCGAUCUGGUCAGUCAGGUCUUGCCGACCUUAGCAGCUUCGGUCUGAGUGGCUUGGGCGGCUCGAAUGAUCUGGCCGCUUCGCUACGCGAUUUGUUCAAGCAGAUGUCCGAGACCCAAGAAGGCGUCCCGCCUCUAAUGUUCCUCAAUGCCCUUCGCACUAUCUUUCCCCAAUUUGCACAAAGGGAUCGUAACGGACAUGGUUACGCACAGCAGGACGCCGAGGAAGCGUGGUCGCAGAUCGUGAACCAACUUCGCAACAAGCUGACCAUUGCCGAUGAAAAGGAUGAUUCUGCGCCGCGCGUCUCAUUUAUCGACAAGUACAUGGCCGGUCAAUUCGACUCUGUCACCGAGUGCGAUGAUUUGGCAGCUAAAGAGGCCGGCGAAGAGUCCAACAAGUCCUCUGACGUUUUCUUCAAAUUAGAUUGCCACAUCGGAAAGGAAACCAACCACCUUCAGGAUGGUAUCAUGGCAGGCCUAGAAGAGCAGAUAGAGAAGCAGUCUCCGACACUCGGCCGCAAUGCUCUAUAUACGAAACGGUCGCGCAUCUCUCGCCUGCCGAAAUACCUGGCCGUGCACUUUGUGCGCUUCUUCUGGAAGCGCGAGACCCAGAAGAAGGCCAAGAUUAUGCGCAAGGUGACUUUCCCAGUCGAGCUUGAUAUUGUGGAAUUUUGCACCGAGGAGCUUAGGAAGCAACUCGUGCCUGUCCGCGACAAGGUUCGGGAGAUCCGCAAGGACGAGUUGGACAUCGAGCGUUCUCGCAAACGUCAGAGGCUGAACCAAAAGCGGGAGGGGGAGGCAGAGGCAGAGGCCGGAGGAGAGAAAGAGCCGAUGCAGAAGAAGAAAGAAGCUGCAGAGAACAAGAGCAAGGCCAACGACAAGGACGGCGACACCGCCAUGGAGGAGGAUUUCAAAACCGAUGCCGAGUAUGAGGCGGAGAAGACAGAAGCUAUCAAGGCUGCCAAGAAGGAGCUUUCUGAUCUCAUCAACCAGAACUCUUCUGCGGAUAGCGGAACCAACCAGUCUGGUCUGUAUGAGCUCCGGGGUGUCAUCACCCACCAGGGCGCAAGCGCCGACAGCGGUCACUACACCGCGUAUGUUAAGCAGCAGCCACGCAAGUCGAAUGACUCCCAGCCUGGAGAAAAGCGCCGCGAGGAGGAGGAUGUCGGCAAAUGGUGGUGGUUCAACGAUGACAAGGUGACCGAGGUAGAAGCCGAGAAAAUCGAGACUCUCUCUGGUGGUGGCGAGUCCCACUCGGCUCUUAUUCUACUCUACCGAGCGAUUGAGCUUCCUGCAUUGGAGGAGUGA